UAUGAAUGGUUUAAAUAAAACAAAAAAAAUAUAUUUUAUUAGUUAAUGAAAUAUAAAUAUAUUUUUUUUUAUUAAUUGUUGUUGAAGCACAUAUAACAAAAAUGGAUGAAAUCAUAAAUUUUUUAAAAGAAGAAAAUAAUAAUGAUGAGGAAGAUGAUUUUUUUGGUUUUAAAGCAUCAAAAAAGAGAGUUAAAGCUUUACAGGAAGAGAAAAAAGCUAAAGAUAUAGAAAGUAAAAUAUUUUAUGCAGUAAAUAGAGUAUUUGUAAAUCAUGGAGAUUCGUAUCAUGGAAAAUAUAUAAUACAAGAGUUAAAUCAAACAUCAUUAGAAGAAAUUGAGCUUUAUAAUGAAAAUAAUACAUUGGAUGAAGAGUUUAAUGAACAAAAUUCAAUAAAUAAAAAUGUUCAGGAAAUCAGAAUUAAAUCAAAUCAAUUCAGUAAUUCAGAAAACUGUUAUAAAAUAGAAUCUGAAACUCAGGACUAUACAAGAGAAAAUAAACCUAAAGUAAAAUUGUUGACAUAUGGAGUGAAAUCUAUUAAUUAUGAUGUUAUUACUACAUUAAAAAAUAAAAACAUGAAGAAUUUCAAAAAUUAUGAAUACCUGAAAUCACUUAAAAAAGUAAUUGUACCAAAUAAUAAGAUUAUGUUAAUGAAUGACAUAAAAAAAUGCUCAAUAGUUGUAUUUGAUAUAUCAAUAGAUGAUACUCAAAUUUUUGAAGCAAAACAAUCUAUAAAAGAAAUAUUGGAGGUAAUUGAUUUUGUUAAAGAUCAACCAAAUAGUGAAAUAGCUAAGCAAAAUGGCAUACGUGUAUUCAUACUUAUAUCAAGUAUAUUAACAUGGGCUUUCACACAAAAAAAAAAUAACAUAAACCCAAUUACUCAAAACGAUUACUUAAAAAGAAUUUACCAUCCUAAUUACAAAAAAUUUUAUGACUUGGAAAACUACAUACUGCUGCUAAAUGAUUUAUAUAAAGGAUAUUUCUAUGGGAUAAUACUUGCACCAGGAAUAGUUUAUGGCCAAGGAGAACAUGCAUUAGAAUACAUAUUAUCAACAGCUUUUAAUGAGAAAGAGCAGUUUAUGAUACCAGAAAUUAAUAAUAAUUUACCUAUUAUACAUGUUAAAAAUCUAGCUAGAAUUGUUAGAAAUUUGGUAAAUCACUAUGAUAAAAUAGUGCAACCAUAUAUAAUUGGAGUGGAGACAUCUAAAUUUAGUCUCAGUAAUAUAACAGAAGCCAUAAGAGAUGAAGUAAAUAAAGAAGAAUAUAUAUAUUGUGAUUAUAGCUGCUUAUUUAUUAAUAAAAAAGUCACACAAAAAAUUUAUGACAUGAUAACAAUUUCUCUUCAAGUAGUACCAUUAAUUGAUGAUUACAUCAUAAAUAUACUAAAUUUAGAAGAACUUAAUUUACAUAAAUUUAACAAAGCUAAACAGCUCAUUACAGAAUACUUAAUUGAACAAAACUUACAAGCAAAAAAAAUUGUAAUCAACGGUCCAUAUGGAACUUCUGAUAUGUCAAAAAAAAUUGCAAUGAUAUACAACUUAGAUUGCAUAGAUAUUUCAUCACUCAGCGAAGAAUUUUUGUUUUUAAAAGAAAACGAAAUUAGUAAUACUGCAUCAAUUAUUAAUAAAAAAAAAUGUAUAUCAAAUUCAACAUAUACAUUAAAUAUGGAUUCAAGAAGUAAUAUUAAAUAUGAUGAAAUUGAAAAUAUUAAUCAAGAUAUACAUAGAAUCAAAGAAAUAAUAAAAGAACAAAAAAAGUACUUUAAAGAUCAUGGUCAAAUUGAUGACAAGUAUCUCAUUCCAUUGAUAAAACAAAAAUUAUACAGUCACAAGGCUAAAUAUAGAGGCUAUAUAAUUAGUAAUUACCCUGAAACCAUUAAACAAGCUCAAGUAAUAUUUGAAUCAAAAGAGCUAAAUCAAUCCAUUAAGACAUAUUCAGAUAUAUUUCCAACUAUAAUAGUAAACAUAGUAAUGACUAAAACUUCAAUUGAACAGAAAAAUAUACACAAUGAAUAUUUGGUUUCAAGCUUAAAAGAAAAUAAUUGGUUUACCAAAGAUUUUAAAUUAAAUGAAGAGGAUAUAUUGAAAUUUAUUAGAAACCAAGACAAUUUGGAAGUAUGGAAAAAUCGUGACGUCGUAAAAUAUCUAGAGUUGAAAUAUAAACCAGUUGUAUACAAUAAGUGCUUAACAAUAGAUUUAAAUAACCCAACAUUACUAGCUUCAGAAGAUUUUGAUGAAGUAUUAGAAUCAAUUAAACAGAAUAUUCCAAUAGAUACUGGAGAUAAAAAUUAUGAUAUUGAUGACAUAAAAAAUAUGAUAAAUAAAGUAAAUGAAGUUAUAAAAUAUGAUCCAAUUGAAUUAUUGAAAAAUCCAAAUUUUGAUCAUAAAAAAAACACUAAAGUAGAAAUGGUAUUAAAAUAAAGUGUAUUAAAAAAAUAAUGACAUUAAAAAAAAAUUAAGUCAGCAGAUUUUUUAAGUCAAAAACAAAAAGAAAAAGAAGGAAAAUUAUUAUUAAAUAAUGCCAAACUCGUGAACUUCAUAAUCCAAAGUGUUAACCCAAUAUUAGUCCCAGGAAUAGUUGAUAUUAUUCAAAAGAAACCUUCAGAUCCAGUUGACUUUUUAGUAAGACUAACUAAAGAAUAUAUUUAUAGCUUUUUUUCAUAGAAACAAAACAUUUAGAUAUUUUA